AUGAAAUUGUACAGUCCGAUAACCAUACCACUUCUUCGAUCGUCCAGACUACAAAGCUCAAGACAUGGUUUUUACUCUACCUCCUCCAAAACCAGAUUAUACCGGAAGAGACCCUCGAGACGCUACGUUCUAGGAACAUUGUUGACAUUUUUGGUUCCAUAUACGGGGUACGCAUUGUAUGUCACAGUUUCAGCCGCCAAGGAAAUCGAUGUUAGAGAUAGAGAGUGUAAACAGAUCGAAUCUAAUCCGAACGACCGCUCUUUCAAGGGAACAUUGAUUAAAUAUUCUCCCUUACAAGUCCUGGGAAGAUAUGAGAAUCCAUUUACCGAGUAUCGAAUACAAACUAUUUACGAAUUCUUCUUUAACAGAAUAGUCGAGGUCUUCGAAAGGAACAGAGGCGGAAUACCUCCUGAUAAACAUCAAAUGGAUCAGUUAAUGCCUGUUCAUAAACCAAAGUGGCCUAGCUAUGUAAUGACGGAUUCUAAAAGUGUAUUGAAAUACAAUGUGGUAGCUGAUGCUGAUAUUCCGCCGAAGAAAACGGGACCAUCUGAUGAAGACAUCCCAAUUUACAAUACCUGGUUAGGUCAAUCAUGCAAUUUUGUUGUUUACAAUGGCCUCAAGAUUUUAACAGACCCUUUGUUUAGCGAUUUUUUAAUUCAUGAAACCUUUGGACCCAAGAGGAUUACUUCUCUACCGUGUGAAAUAUCAGAUGUACCGACACCAGAUGUCAUCUUAGUUUCUCAUAACCACCCAGACCAUUUAGAUAUCAAGAGUAUGGAAUUUUGGAAAGGCAAGGAGCCAUUGUGGGUUGUACCGAAGGGAAUGAAGCCCUUUAUGGAGAAACAUAAAGUCCAUAAUGUCAUUGAACUUUCUUGGUGGCAAUCCCUUCAACUAAUCAAGAACAGUGAAACAUAUUACAUCUCUAGUACACCAGCAAUGCAUUGGUCAGGAAGGUCAAUUUUGGAUACUAACCAAUCGUUAUGGUGUUCAUUUAUGUUGAGCCACAAAGGAAAACCAGUAUUAUUUCAUGCAGGUGAUACGGGUUACGUUAAAGAUCUAUAUUUGAGAAUCAAGGAGAGAUACGGUGAAGGUUGUAAAUUGGCAUUGCUUCCAUGUGGUCAGUACUGUCCUGAAUGGCAUCAAAGACCCAGACAUAUUAAUUCUAGAGAAGUACUAAACGUAAUGAAAGACCUUGAAGCCAAAAAUGUAUUGGGUGUCCAUUGGGGUACCUUUAUCUUAAGUGGUGAAUAUUUUUUGGAGCCCAAACAGAAAUUGGAAUUAUUAGCGGAAUGGGAAGGUAUAAAGGAGAAUUGCUAUUGUCCAGAAUUAGGUAAAACUAUAAAAAUUGAGUAA